CAAUGGAGCGUUGGCGACUGAGGUAGGUUCCUUUUAGCUCUCCCUCUUUUGCGCCAUUAGGCGUAUAAUACGUUUGCAGAGCCAUCAGAACGCACUGGGCCUCGCGUACACCGUUCCUGUCGCCCUGCACCUGGUUAUGAGAGACUGGCGGGACAAGCUACUGCUCGGAUCGUGGGCCGUGGAUCUUUCGUGCCUCGUCAACCCGCACGACACGAACAAUAGGCUGGCGUUUCUGUUCUGCAAACUGGUGCGAAGCGCGUUAGCUGCUUCGCCGGACGGAGCUUUCGAGCCCUGUUCUCCUCCGCCUUGCAAGCUAGAUAAAUUCUGGCUGGCGACCGAUUUCGCAGAGAAAGUCAGUGCGGUCGACUCGCAGACUUGGAGUGACGGAAGUUGGGGAGAUUUCUCAAUGCUCUUGGAAAGGCUGCGGCCAUACAGGGACCUUGAAGCUUGGAGAGCAAAGCCUUUGUCUUCACUCAAGGAUACGGAUUUUGCGCUCGAUGCUGUUGAAGUUGUACUGUGGUGUUUCUUCUCCACAGACACGCUGAAGGAAGGCGCUAAGACGGUCGAACGUUUCCACGGAGACCCCGGAGCGGUCAGCGCUUUGUACGGAGCUCUGUCCGGCGCCUUUUAUGGGUACAGCGCUAUACCGAGCGAGUGGGUCGAUGCCAUCCCUGCGCACAGUGGCUUGGAUGACGCGAUAAUCGGUAUAUGUAGUUUGCGCGAUAAGCAAUUGGAAAUGUAGAAUGAGAGUGCAGUGGCUUGAUGAGGCAGAGCUUGAGAAUAAAAGUACUGCUAAGAGGGGAUAGGUAACCAAGUAAUCAAGCAAUCACUAUAGGGCGAUUAGGCUUCAGCAAACGCAUACUUAUCUGACGGGAUACUCCGGGUUUUUUCCCAAAUAGGUAAAAGGAAAGCGGAGCCGGAAAUACGCGAGCGCAGGCGGGG